UGUCGUGUUUUAUCUGUGUUCGUUAUCGAGGAUCGUUGUCAGUUGAACGAAUAUUUAUUUUGCCGUUAUUUCUCGUUGAUCAUUUCGUGAAAAAGUUAAUUAUUUAUACAAUACCUUUUGUUUACAUGAAGAUACGACGCUAUCGCCAUGACGACCGCGUUGUAUUUAGAGCAUUAUCUCGACAGUCUCGAGCAUUUGCCAAUCGAAUUACAGAGGAAUUUUACACUAAUGCGUGACUUAGAUGCUAGAGCGCAGGGUCUUAUGAAAGAUAUUGAUAAACUGGCAGAUGAUUACUUGAGGAAUAUGAAGAAGGAAUUGCCGGAAAAGAAAAAAGAACAACUCGCUCAUAUACAAAGUCUCUUUAACAAGGCUAAGGAAUACGGAGAUGACAAAGUCCAACUAGCUAUUCAAACUUACGAAUUAGUCGAUAAGCACAUCAGACGACUGGAUUCAGAUCUGGCAAGAUUUGAGGCAGAGAUACAGGACAAAACAUUAAACAGCAAUAGAGCACAGGAGGAGAGCAAUGCUAGCAAAAAGGGUAGGAAGAAGCUCAAGGAGAAGGAGAAGAGGAAGAAGGGUACGGUAGUUAGCAGUGAGGAUGAAGCCAAGAAUGCGAGAAAGAAACAGAAGAAAGGUAUGUUAAUCAAGUUAUAUAAUUGUAACUUGCUACAAUUUUAUAAAUACAACUUGCUACAAUUUUAUAAAUUUUUAAAUGUUAAUCUAUUAUGUUUUAUUAUAAAUGUAUAUAUAUUCAUAUCAGGUGGCUCAGUAGCUUCAGCAUCGUCCACUGGCGUUGUGGGAAGUGGCGCCCAGGUAGAUGCAACAGCACUUGGCCAUCCAGCUGAUGUUCUUGACAUGCCUGUCGAUCCUAACGAACCGACUUACUGUCUUUGUCAUCAAGUAUCAUAUGGAGAAAUGAUUGGUUGUGAUAAUCCAGAUUGCCCUAUAGAAUGGUUCCACUUUGCCUGCGUGGGUUUAACAACAAAACCUAAAGGAAAAUGGUAUUGUCCCAAAUGUACGCAAGAUCGCAAAAAGAAAUAAACCUUGGAAAAAUGAAUCUGUUGAUCAUCACCUAUUUGAAGAAGAGAUUAGUGCAAAACUCUGUUUCAUAUUGAAAGUAAAUCGACUUUUGUAUAAAAGGACGAUAGAAAAUUUAUGAGAGAAGUAGAGAGAGGGGAGAAGGGAGAGAGAGAGAGAGAAAGAGAGAGAGAGUGUGUAGAACUGCAUUUCCAUUUGCAUCUAAUACUAAUAACGAAGCAAUUCUUUUAUUUUUACGUGACGCAUAUAAUAAUAAAUAUGUGACACGCAAACACAUAUUCGCUUAUCGUUAUAAUAAUGUCUGUAAAUAAUGUCUCCAGAAAUGAUUGUUGUAAUAAAUUA